AUGAGAAAUCACAAAAUAGUGACUGAAUUUCUACUGCUGGGAAUCCCUGAGACAGAAGGCGUAGAGACCAUCCAUUUUCUCCUGUUCUCGUCUUUAUAUUUAUGUAAUCUACUGGAAAAUAUGCUUGUUCUUAUAGCUAUCAUCUCCUCCUCUCAGUUUCACACUCCUUUGUAUUUUUUCUUGGGAAACCUCUCUAUGUUUGACAUGGGUUUCCCUUCAACACUGCUCCUGAGAUACCUUUCAGGGCAUAGUCAAGGUAUCUCUUUUCAGGGUUGUAUUGCCCAACUUUUCUUCUACUAUUUCCUGGGCUCUACUGAGUGUUUUCUGUACACAGUUAUGGCCUACGACCACUUUGUUGCCAUAUGUUAUCCUUUGAGAUACAUGGUCAUCAUGAACCACAAGGUCUGUUCCAUCUUGGCCACAGAGACCUGGAUGGCUGGCUGUGUCCACACCAUUUUCCUGACCUCCCUUUCUUUCCAGUUAUCCUACUGUGGCUCUAAUGAGGUGGACUAUUACUUCUGUGACAUACCUGCAGUCUUACCCUUAGCCUGUGAAGAUACAUCUGUGACCCACAGGGUAGGAUUUACAAAUGUUGGUUUUUUGUCUCUCAAUUGCUUUUUCCUCAUCCUUGUCUACACUCGUAUUGGGAUCUUCAUACUAAAAAUUUACUCUGCAAAUGCCAGUCAAAGAGCAUUCUUCAUCUGCAGUGCAUACAUCACUGCAAAUUUCUGUGCCUAUGGGCCAGUAAUUAUCAUGUAUCAACAGUCCAAUCCCAGUGCCUUGCUUGGUGCUUUAAUUCAGAUAUUGAAUAAUCUUGAAACCCCUGCUGAAUCACUGAUCUAUAGCCUGAGGAAUAAGGGAGUAAAGUCAGCCCUGAGGAAUGUAUUUUCCAAGAAAGGCUUACCUCUGGGAAAUGAAUGA